CAGCACUCCCUCUCUCUUCUGCACUAUGGACAGAGCCCAGCAGCUGCCUACCCGCCUCCCACCCGGCUGACAUGGGCACCGUUGGGGCCACGCGGCUGUGCGGGGUGAUCCUGGGCUUCCUUCUCCUCCGAGGCCUCAGCUCCCAGCCCACCACAGUGCAGCCAUCCAGCUCUCAGGGAAGCCUUGGCAAUUCCAGUUUGACCAUAGAGUCAACUUCCACCGACAUAGGAGUCAGCUCUUCCUCAGGGCUUGCCAGCCCAAGGCCCCUGCCCAGCACUGCGACCCCAGCCACCUCUGGGAGGAACCCGCAGCUGCUUACUGUAUCCAGCAAAGCCGAGGUUCCCUGGUCAAGCACCGUGGACGGUCCCACCUUGUCCUUGCUGACUCUCACUCAGACCCAGCCACAGAGGCAUACUCCAGGACUUGACACUUCUCAAGGGGUCACUCCCAGAUCAGUCACCACCAGCCUACAGACAAGUGAAGACAUGGCUGUCCUGCCCAGCCCGACCUCAGAAACGGUGCUCACUGUGGCUGCAUUUGGUGUCAUCAGCUUCAUUGCCAUUCUGGUAGUGGUGGUGAUCGUCUUGGUCAGUGUGGUCAGCCUGAGGUUCAAGUGUCGCAAGAAUAAGGAGUCUGAAGAUGCCCGAAAACCAGGAAGCUCAGGGCUGUCUGAAAGUUGCUCCACAGCCAAUGCAGAGAAAGACAGCAUCACCCUCCUCUCCAUGAAGAAUAUCAACAUGAACAACAGUGCAGGAGGACUCUCUGCGGAGAAGGUUCUUUAAAAGCCACCUGGGGUGCUUUGAACACACGGCUGCUGUCCCGUGACUCUGAGAAGGAAUGCAGUGGAAUUGGCAAACACUGGACCACAUCUAAAUUAUUUUGUUGUUCCUACACGCACUCCCAGUUCUGAAGGAUUCUGAAGUUCCUCCCCAUCCAGGAGCAAGCUAUCGACAUGAGAGACUCGUUCCAGUGUGGACCGUCGUUCUUGAAAUACAGCCUGCUCCCCUCCCUUCUCGAAGACAUGGGAAAGCAAGAGCAAAGCCAAGCAAGAGCAAGGAAAAUGACAAUGUGGAUUUGUCCUUUCUCCUUCGCAUUAAAAUGAAUUU